ACACUGGGGUUUACGUUGUUGUGAAGUAAGACACUGGCUUUAAGACCCAGUGGAGCCCCGAGUCAGGGGCAGGAGUUGGUGUGCCAUCUGGGGUGUGUUUCAAUCAGACUCAGUGCGAGAGAAUUUGUGGAGUUGCACAAGCGGAUCCGUGUGCGUGGAAUUCUAACGACCCAAAAAGCAGAUCUUGGUUGCAGACAUGGCUGCAAGAGCCGCCUGCCUUGUACUUCUCUGCCUGCCUGUGAUGCUUCACGGUCAGUUUGAUGAUCUGCCGGAACCUCCCCUGUACCCUCUACAGCCACAGUAUGGACAAUAUGACAGCCUUACAGGUGGCGAAGAAUAUAGUCCAGAUUUUGAUUAUACUGUUGCAAAUUUUGAAACAGAACCGACAGAGCCUGGCCCCCUUGAUUGCAGGGAGGAGCAAUAUCCAUGCACCAGACUCUAUUCCGUACACAGACCUUGCAAACAAUGCCUCAAGAGCCUUUGCUUUUACAGCCUUCGCAGGAUCUAUGUGGUUAACAAGGAAGUCUGUGUCCGCACUGUCUGCGCCCAUGAGGAGCUACUGAGAGCUGACCUGUGCCGAGACAAAUAUUCCAAGUGUGGGGUCAUGGCCAACAGUGGACUGUGUGGUCAGAUGGCUUCAUCAUGUGACAAGAGCUGUGGCUCCUGCUGAAAAGGAUAAACAAACCGAGAACGGGCCACGCGUGGAGCCUUGGUCCAGGGGAUAAAGGAAUCUCCAUAUAUAUCAAUAAUAUUACAUUAAGUAAUUUAGAGGGAUCAUUUUCAUAUUUCUGUAACUCUGAUGGUGCUGGGGUAUUUUUCAUAUUAUCCUCAAGAUAACAUCCAUUCUUCAUGGUGCACAUUAUGUUAUAGUUAUUUCUGUUUGGGGAAGGGACCACAUUGAUGCAGGUUACACAUAAAGCCUCAAGAAUUCAGUCAUUCCAGUUUUUCACCCUGUGGCCAUGGCAAGUCAUGAACCAAACUCUUGUUGGUGCAUGGUGCUUGCCUGGGAGAAGAUUAGGGGACAGAGAGUCCCUCACACAGAAUUUACUCUCCAUCUCCUGUCUCUCUUCACAUUGAGAUUUUACAGGUUUCUUUCCUAUUAGCUAUUGCUGAUCAGCCUUUCAUACUUUGUGGCUGUCCAGAGUUACAGAAGUUUUUUUGACUUUUGUGAAAAACAAACUAGAAAGUGUGAGAUGUCUGCAGUUGGCAUGAAGCAAGUGACAAAACCCUCCGAAGGCAGCCUGAGUGACUCAUACAGCAGCAAUCAAACUCUGAGUGAGUCACUCCUGAACAUGCUUCACCUUCGGAGGGGCAACUUGAACUUCAUUCUGUUCCUGAACUCUCGGCUGAUCGCACACCACCCAUACUGUCAGGUCAAAGUCAGGAACCAGUGUGUGAACACAUCCCAAAUCGACUUGAACUCAGUCUGUACUGAUCUCAUGUAGAAGUUGGGUGGAAGAGUUGACAUAAAAACGAUGUGUGAGAUUGAUAAACGAGUUCUUUUUAGAUCCCGGUGUCAAAGAUUUUAAAUAGUGUAAUGUCUUAAAAUAAGAAAUGGCAAAACGUAGUAAGAAUGGGUUAUGCAGUUUCUGCUGUUUUUCAGGCAAUUCCUAGAACUUUCUGAUUAUCCCCCACCCCAGCUGCUAGUUAACCUCCUACAGCUCUUCCUUGCACUGAAUGGAGCAUGAAGUUUCCUUGCGUAGUCUGGCUACCAUUAGUGACUCAUUUCCCUGCCCUUGCACAUAACUUUUUUAAAACAUACAAUGGUAUCAUAAUUAGUGUAGACAAAUACUGUGUCAUUGUCAGUGGUGCAUACAUUGGGGUGGGGGCACUCACUGUUUGAGCUACUAUGGUCACCACAUCAAGAAUAAGACCAUUGGCACAGAGCUCUAAGCUUUUCCUAUAGAGUCACAACAAGUUCCAGAGAAUUGUGGCUGAGAAUGCGAUGCAAGGCUGUAACACAGACCCAACCUUUAAAAUCAAUCUCUUUAUGAAGACACAAUGAAGGCUGGAAAUGGAACAGACCAUUUGGUCUAUCGAGCCCCCUUCAGUCCAUCAGGGGCCAUUUCUUCCAGAGAACCUGAAGAAUCUGUGCUAUCAAUGACCCAACCCUGUCAACUUAACAUUUCACACUCCAUG